UUUGCUUCAUUCAUAGAGCUGGCACAUCAGUCAUCUCCAAUAAAUGCCUAUCAAUGCGAUAGGUGGCUAAGAUGGGGCCAUAGCCUUUUAGAAGAAUGGCAUUUUCCAGGACUUGGAGGGCUUCCACACCAAGGAAGAUGCUGGUUAAAGGACAAAAGGGGACAAACUAGGCUGAAGUUUCUCAAUGCCUAGAAGCGAAACUACAAGUAAAACCAGGUUAUAUUCAAUGAAGAAUGGAAGGGAGAAAAAUGUUUAGUUCUUGACCGAUGUUUCACAAUGCCUUGACAAAUAAUUAGGAUAACACUCUUACCAAGCCGAAGGAAGAUGUUACUUCAAGAUUCAGAUUUUGAUAUUCUAUUUCUUGACUACCUUCUAAAUCACUGUCCAUAUCCUUUUUCUUUCUCUUUACUGAUCGGAUUACGUUUACUGAAAUAAAAUAUUGCACUUCUUAACUUUUGUUUUUAGGCAAAGGACUCUAGCCAUCUGCUAACAUCAAAACGAGAACUUGUAGUUGUUGAAGCAGAGUAGAACCUCUACAUAUACUGCCAGAUAUGAUGAUGCAAAAGGAGAUAGAACUUCAUCCAUUUAAAGACUGUGAUUGACCCAAUUGGAACCUUACUAGAAUGAAAUCAUGUAAGCCAAUUGUGGACUUCCCACAUAACUAGUGUUCUCCAGCUAUGGUGCCAAGUAAGAUUUUCUGGUCACCCUUCGUUUUCUUUUUCUACCGCACUUUUUGCCACCUCAGUUCCUCAUAUAAGAAGACUUGAAACAUCCCCCCCUAGUCGUCUGCAACAGAAAAAAAAAAAUGGCUUACGAAACAGCUGCAGCCAUGCAUGGAGAAAGUUUGCGUAAAGGGCCUUGGCAUGAGGAUGAAGAUGAGAGAUUGAUAACCUUUGUGAAACUUCUGGGAAGCCGGAGAUGGGAUUAUGUAGCUAGAGUUUCUGGUCUCAAGAGAAGUGGCAAGAGUUGCAGGUUGAGGUGGCUGAACUAUCUGCGUCCCAAUAUAAAGCAUGGGCAGAUCAGUGCUGAAGAAGAAAAGAUCAUCCUACAACUUCAUGAGCGAUGGGGCAACAAAUGGUCAAUGAUUGCGCGAAGAUUGCCAGGGAGAACUGAUAAUGAGAUCAAGAACUACUGGAGAACUCAUUUAAGAAAGAAAGCUCUAAUUCAAGAACAAGAAAAUUUUCAAUUUGGAGGAGACAAUGGCAAACAACUUUUCUUGUUUCAAGAAGAUGGUAGCAGUGCCCAAAAUUACAAUGGUGAAAGCUACAAGCCUUGUAAGGAUAUUUUGGAUACAGAAAACAGUUGUUAUGAUGUCGUUGGGCUGUCAGAUUUCACUCUUACAAGCUCACCAUAUCAAACGCGGUUAUCAGAUUGGAUACCAGAGUUUCCAAGUGAUCAAAGUGAAAUAAAAUCUCAGCACUGUAAUAGCUCGGAUUCAUGCUACUGUUAUCCAGCAUGGAUUUCCGAGGAGAAUGAUUUAUGGGGCUGUUCAGGCUCCCUCUGGAACAUGGAAUAAAACAAACACUGUUAUAAUGUGAAUAUGAAGAGGCUUUGAGAAUGUGAAACAGAAACAUUUUGCAUA